AUGGGUUCCUGCUUCUCCUCAUCCACCAUUGCCGCCGCCUCCGCCCCAACAACCAACAGUCUGCCAACUGCAAAAGUGAUUAAUCUCGACGGCACACUCAUGGAAUACUCACAAACCGUCAAAGUAUCCCAUGUUCUAGGUCUCAACAAAUCCUCCUCCUGCUUCGUCUGUAACGCCGACAGCAUCUUCUACGGCCAGUUCAUUCAAGCAUUGGGCUCCGAUCGUUUCAUUGAGCUUGGUCAUCUCUACUUCGUGUUGCCGCCGGGGAAGCUCGAAUAUCGCCUCACGGUGGCAGACAUGGUGGAGUUGGCCGUCAGUGCUAGCUCUGCCUUCGUCGCUGUGGCAUCGACGACGACCGCGAGGAGCCGUGGAAGAACUAGGAGGAGGAGAACGGUUGCUGAGGUUAUGCCGAUUGUAGAAACAAUGGAUUUCGAUUGCUAUAAGAGGAUCAAUGAAUUUAGUGUUGGAAGUUUGAAAUAUGGUUUGGGUGAGAAGAAGAGUGUUGCGAGGUCAUCAAAGUCAAAGGUUGAGAGCAAUUGA